AAUGUGCAUACACAACUGUCAAUUUUCGUCACCAAUUCUUAGUAAUUUAUAUAUUGAAAUGUAAAAAUGUAUGUUCUCUGUGCAUGCGGAGUGAUACCGUCUCCCUAGCCAAUACCAGUGACUAGUGAGUACAUACGGCGCGCGAAGCUUUGAUAAUAAAAUUGUGGGGGUUACCGGUUACUGGUUUUGUAGUAGAAGGUCAAUACUUUCACUUACUUCAAUUUACAACAUUCCACGCCACGUAUUCUACGUAGUUGUACCUUCAUCAGCUUCGCACAGAAAAUUAUAAACGCACCUGAAAUUGUUAAAUAUUUGGAAUAGAAUAUGGAUAUAUAGUUAUCCAGUUCCAAGUAACUAUAGUUUUAAUUACUGAAAAUGGGCAUGGUCAACCAAAACGGUGUGGAUGGCAAGCCAUCAGAAUAUCUUUAUCCACCAGAGAUAUUGCAACGGCUGGACUUUAACAAAAGUCCUGCUAUAUUCAAGCCUAAGAUCAGAGCACAGCCCGGUGAGGACUGGAUGGUAGUACGGCCAUUACAACGGUCCGACUAUGAUAAAGGCUUUCUGCAACUGCUCGGCCAGUUGACAAGUGUUGGCAAUGUCUCACGAAAGCAGUUUGAUGAACGUUUCACAAAAAUGAAGCAGUCGGAGGGCUACUACGUGACUGUGAUAGAAGACACUCGCAUAUCGAAACUCAUCGGUGCCGCCACUCUUACUGUAGAGCAGAAAUUCAUACAUAACUGCUCUUUGCGUGGUCGGCUAGAAGAUGUUGUUGUCAACGAUACUUACAGAGGAAAACAAUUGGGUAAAUUGAUCGUAGUGACAGUUUCGCUGCUAGCGCAAGAAUUAGGAUGCUACAAAAUGUCACUCGAUUGCAAAGACAAGCUGAUAAAAUUCUAUGAAACCUUGGGAUAUAAGAUGGAGCCUGGUAACUCCAAUGCGAUGAAUAUGAGAUUCGACGAUCCCUCUUGACAAUUAGCCGCUGGGACGUCCGACCUGCGCUCCAAACUGUAAGUAAGCACGAACAGCCAAGCAAUCCACGCAGCAUACGCGCUUCCGACCACUGCGAUCACGUUCAUUAUUAUGCACAAAAUUUACUUUUUUUGUUAUUAUAAUUAGAGUCUUUUUUAGAAUGUAUUUUUUGAAUUCGUAAAAAGAAUCUCUAACCGUUGGAGUUUAUGUGUGAUUUUUUGUUUUAUUAAAUGUUUUAAAACUUAAAUACUUAUUUCCUAUGUAUAACUAGAUCUAGGUUUGUUAUUUGUGUGUGUGUCUGUGUUGUGUUCUGCUUGGUUGUUUAUGUGAUUACGGUUGCAGGGUCAAUUGUUCUAUCCAUCAAAUGUGGAACUUAUGUAGACCCGUAAUUUCAGUGAUUGAUGGGGUGUACAAUUGAUUUUGGGUGUCCUAGCACAUAAUUUUAUUUAGAUUUUAACGCAGUAUGAUACCAGCUAGUGCAAAUGUUACCUGUUGCAAUAAGCAUAGUGAUAUCGUUUUGUAAUAGUCGUUUUGAUUUCAUGUUAUGUAAUUUUGGUAUGAAAAAUCUAAUGUUUAGUGAAAUAUUUUAUUACAACAGGUAACAUUACGCAUGUAUUUCAGUUUUGCAAUUAGUAAUACUUUGUGAAAUUGAUGUUAAGUUUCAUAAUUCAUUAAAUGUUUUGUCACUAAUUCACUAGUGCUUUGUGUUGGCGCUAUUUCUUAAGUGGUUAGUGUAUAUUAUCACAUCACAAAAUAUAUGAUGCUGUAAAUUUUGAUGUAAGUUUGUAGACUUAAAUAGGAUAUAACAUUUCGUGAUACUAUUAUGAAAUUUUUGUACUUAAAGUUGUUUAUAGUACUUUAUUCAAAAUUAACGGCAAUAUUUUUAAAAGUUAUAAAAUUAUACCUGUUGCUUGUUGAAUAUUUAGCUUUUAAUUUAAUUAAAAGGGAUAAUAUUUUGUAACUAACAUUAUAAAUUUAGCUCAUUAAACCCAUACACGCUUGCAAGAAUUUGUUUUAUUUAAAAAACGCCCAUAGAGUUGUAAAGCUAAGUGGAUUUUGUAAAAGUAUUCACUGUUUAUGUAGUCAUUUUGUCAUUUCUCAUUAGAUGUUAAAAAUUGAUACUUUAUACUUACUUUAGGUUUGUGUUUUUUUUCUAUCUCUGAGAAAAUAACAGAAUAAUAUGGUAUAA